AUGGUUUGGACUAGAUCUACUUGUGUUGUCUCUUUCAUCUUGUUUUUUGCCCACAUAGCAGCUGUAUCAAUUAAGCAUAUUUCUAAAGGAAAUGUAUAUGCUGAAGAUUUUGAUGAACAAAAGGAUAUUUCAGAAAUCAAUUUAGCUGCAGGCUUGGACCUCUUUCAAGGGGACAUCCUCCUGCAGAACUCCAGAAAUGGCCUGAGAGAUCCUGAAGCCAGGUGGAAGUUCCCUAUUCCUUACAUUCUGGCUGACAAUCUGGGGCUGAAUGCCAAAGGAGCCAUUCUUUAUGCUUUUGAAAUGUUCCGCCUCAAGUCCUGUGUGGAUUUCAAGCCCUAUGAAGGAGAGAGCUCAUAUAUCAUAUUUCAAAAGUUUGAUGGAUGCUGGUCUGAGGUUGGCGAUCGACACGUGGGACAGAACCUUUCCAUUGGCCAGGGAUGUGACUAUAAGGCCAUUAUUGAACAUGAGAUCCUUCAUGCUUUGGGAUUUUACCAUGAGCAGUCAAGAACUGACCGAGAUGACUAUGUGAACAUCUGGUGGGAUGAAAUUCUUCCAGGUUACGAGCACAACUUUAACACCUAUGAUGACACCUUCAUCACAGACCUCAACACACCUUAUGACUAUGAGUCUUUGAUGCACUACGAGCCCUUUUCAUUUAAUAAGAAUGAAAGUGCUCCUACCAUCACGGCCAAGAUCCCUGAGUUUAACACCAUCAUUGGACAGCGACUGGAUUUCAGUGCCACUGAUUUGGAGAGGCUGAACCGAAUGUACAAUUGCACCACAACUCACACACUUUUGGACCAUUGUGCUUUUGAGAAGGCAAACAUCUGUGGGAUGAUUCAGGGUACCAGAGAUGAUGCUGACUGGGUCCAUGAGGACAGCACUAAGCCUGGAGAAGUAGAUCACACUUUGGUGGGACGAUGCACGGGUGCUGGCUACUUCAUGCACUUCAGCACCAGCUCGGGGAUGGCAGAAGAGGCAGCCUUGCUGGAGUCUCGGAUUCUUUACCCCAAGAGGAAGCAGCAGUGCCUGCAGUUUUUCUACAAAAUGACAGGAAGCCCUUCCGAUCGACUCGUCGUCUGGGUCAGGAGGGAUGACAGCACGGGCAAUGUGCGCAAGCUGGUCAAAGUGCAGACCUUCCGAGGAGACUUGGACCAAAAUUGGAAAAUUGCCCAUGUGACACUCAGAGAAGAGAAGAAGUUUCGCUACCUAUUCCAGGGCACGAAAGGUGACCCCCAGAACUCGAAUGGGGGAAUUUACCUGGACGAUAUUACUCUGACAGAAACCCCAUGCCCUGCAGGUGUUUGGACAAUACGGAAUUUCUCCUCUGUCCUUCAGAACACGGUUAAAGGGCAGAGGCUCCUGAGCCCUCGAUUCUACAAUUCAGAGGGAUAUGGUUUGGGGUUGACCUUAUACCCUCAUGGCAGAGUCGGCUCCAGUACAUCUGGUUUCUUGGGAAUUGCUUUUCAUUUGUGCAGUGGGGAGAAUGAUGCCAUCCUGGAGUGGCCAGUGGAGAACAGACAGGUGAUAAUGACCAUACUUGACCAGGAACCUGAUGCCAGGAAUAGAAUGUCCUCAAGCAUGGUGUUCACUACCUCCAAAUCCCAUACAUCUUCAGCAAUAAAUAACUCCGUCAUCUGGGACAGGCCAUCCAAAGUGGGAUCCUAUGAUAAGGACUGUGACUGUUUUAGAGGCAUCGACUGGGGCUGGAGUAGUGUCGUCUCCCACCAAAUGCUAAAAAGGAAGAGUUUCCUUAAAAAUGAUGACCUUAUAAUGUUUGUGGACUUUGAAGAUAUCACCUACCUUAACCAGACUGAAGUUCAAACUCAAAACACAAGGCUGAUUCCUCAAGGCCUCAUUCUCCAAGAUGAGGAGCAGCAGGCCUCAAAAGAAGGUUCUGAAAAGGUCUCGUUGGAGAACAUGGUCCCCGGCAGCCUGGACCAGGAGCAGCCCAGCCGGCAGAAGCGGUCAGUGGAGAACACCGGUCCUCUGGAGGACCACAACUGGCCACCGUACUUCAGAGAUCCAUGUGACCCGAACCCUUGUCAAAAUGAAGGCAUCUGUGUGAACGUGAAAGGGAUGGCGAGCUGCAGGUGUGUCUCCAGUCAUGCCUUCUUUUACACGGGGGAGCGCUGUCAGGCCAUGCAGGUGCACAGCAGCAUCCUGGGCCUGAUGAUCGGAAGCGUGGCCGGCGUGAUCUUCUUGUCCUUCGCCAUCAUCUCCAUCUUUUCUCAAAAGCUGAGGCAGUGACCUGCCUGCUGACAUCAGCCAGAUCGCAGAAGCAUCUUCUCUACUCAGACCUUCCUUUCUGGGCCUCAGUGCAGUUUGGGGCGGUUUUCAUCAGCCUUGCUUUGAACAGACCUCCAAGGACAAAGGCCUCCAGCCUCCUGUAUGAAAAUUAGGGUUUUUCUGGCCCCCAUCCCCACAUGGUUCUGUUACCCUGCUAUGUGCCCUGAAUGUAGCUCAUGUGUCUUGUGACAACACUCAUUACACUUCAUUGUCAAUCACUUGUUUAAUCGACUGUCUUUUAUAGACUGUA